AUGCUGCUGCGCGGCCUCGGCACGGACAGGAACGAGGAAGAGGCCUUCGAGUGGAUCUGCAGGGCUGCAGAGCAGGACGUCCCUGAGGCGCUGUACCUCGCAACGGUCGCCUACAGCAUCGGAGUAGGCACCGCGCCAGACGAGCACGCCGCCCUGGCGAUGUGCGCCCGGGGCGCGGAGCAGGGCCACCCGGAGUUGCAGCAUCGCCUGGGCGUGCACCUGGCCACCGGAGAGGGGGUGCCCCGCGACGCCCGCCGGGCCGCUCAGCUCUUCGAGCAGGCCGCAGAGCAAGGCCACACGGCCGCCGCCUGCAACCUCGGCGUGCUGCUCGCGGCGGGGGGGCCGGGCCUGCAGAGGAGCUCCGGGGAGGCCCGCCGCCGCUUCGAGGCCGCCGCCGCAGCGGGCGACGAGGGGGCCCGGCGCAACCUUGCGCUGCUGGAGGGCGGCGGCUUCGAGGCCUCGUCGCCGCAGCGCGAUCCCAAGAUCAGCCUCGACAGCGCCCAGCUCUCCCGGCUGCGUGGCAUGCUGGGUGUGCUCGACGCCAUGGACGGCCUCGGCGCCGGCCCCGACCUGCAAGAGUUGGUGGACAUCCUGCAGUGCGUGGAGGAAGCGGCCGUCGUUGAUGCCGCCGAGGAGCCGUGGCGACGCCAGCGCCGGGCGGUGCCGCGCAUCGACGCCGAGCAGGCGGAGGCGCUGCAGGAGGCGAUGGCGUCUGGGGCCCCUGUGCUGCUGAAGGGCGCCAUGCCACACCUAAGCGGCGCGCGCGUGCUCGACUUCAUGCCGACGCUUCUGCACCUGGCCGGCCGGGACGGGGUAGUGUACGAGGCGCGGGGCGCAGGGCCCGACGCGGCGGUCGAGGAGCGGCGCGGGCCCCUGGCGCGGGUGGUGCAGGAGGUCCACGGCGCCCACGCGGGCAGCUCCUGCCUCAUGGUGUGCGGCCGCGUGCUCUGCAGGGAGUGCCUCUCGGAGCUCUCGUCGCCGCCCUCGUGCUGCGCCGCGGGCCCGCUGGGCGGCGCCCUCCCCGAGGCGUUGCGGCCCGUGGCGGAGCGGUACCUGCUGCUCGGCAGCGGCGGGGCCCGGGGCCGGCUUUGCAGGGACCCGGCCCUGUGGUGUUCCUGGAGCCUCGCGGUGCUGGGCCGAACCAGCUGGCGGCUGCUGCCCCCCGGCGCGCAGGUGCCCGCCGCGCAGGACGGCGACUGCUGGGGCGGCGCCACGUCGGAGUUGGACCUCUUCGCGGCGAGCGGCGGCGCAGGGCCCCCCCUCGCCGAGGCCGCCUGGGAGGCGACACAGGAGAUGGGCGAGGUCCUGCUCGUCCCGCCCGGCUGGUGGCAGCAGGCGGCCUACGAGGACCGCAGCCUCCAGGUGGUGGGCUUGCACUGCACGGAGGCCGCACUGCCCCGGAUCGCGGAGGCCGCCUGCGCCCGCCUGGGCGUCGCGGCGGAGCCCGGGCACCGCCCGGAGGAGCUCCUGCGCCGCGCUGCCGCGGAGGCGGCCGGCCGGGCGACGCCGCGACCAGUGCUGCAGCGCGGCUUGCUGCGCGGUCAGGCUGUCGCCAACCAGGUGUGCACGCUGGUAGGGUUCCCUGCAGGCUCUAAGUUCGCCAAUCGUUUCUUGAAGGUGGUGCUGUACCCGAUCCUGGACCUGGUGCAGGUGUGGUCGGGGGCCAUGGACAACAUAGCCGUCCGCGUCGCCAGCAACAACAAGCAGUUAAACAGAGUCUUCCCAGAGGUCGUCGCCAUGCUGACCCGGUUCCUGAAGCACGUCAUGCCGAUGAAGGUGUCCACGGGCCAACAAAGGAAGUCGAAGUACGUCACCAGCUCCGAGGGAUUGGCCAGCGAGUCCAAGCCAGAAAUGAAGAAGCAUGGUGUGAGACAGUCGGGGAUUGAAAGGUGGCUGGGCGUGGACUACCAACCAGAAGGGCGACGGAGGAACGUCACCCGUGACAAGAGGAUGCGCGUCGCCAGAGGGAGAUGGGUGAAGGAGAGGCACAAGCUGACGGCGCAAGCGUGGAGAAAGCAGUUUACUGGCAUCAAGCACGCGCCGGCAGUGGCACCCAGCGGCUUCGACGUGUAA